CGAGUGGGGCAGCGGAUGACAAUGAUGGCCGCCACCAGCGAUGAACGGAGUAUGGAGCCUGGGAGGACGAAUUCGGGACAAGGCCAGCCAGUGGAUCGACUGAAGCUGCUCUACCCUAUGGUUGACGAGGAGAAGACACCGCUGCCGCGUUCCUGGAGCACCAAGGACAAGUACAGCUACAUAGGCUUGUCGCAAAACAAUCUUCGCGUUCACUACAAAGGCUACGGCAAAACCCACAAAGACGCUGCCAGUGUUCGCACAACGCACUCGAUACCAGCCGCCUGCGGCUUAUACUAUUUCGAGGUGAAGAUCGUGAGCAAGGGGCGUGAUGGUUACAUGGGCAUUGGUCUCUCAGCUUCUGGCGUCAACGUAAAUAGACUUCCUGGCUGGGAUAAGCAUUCAUACGGUUAUCACGGCGACGACGGUCACAGUUUCUGCUCAAGCGGUACUGGACAACCUUAUGGACCGACCUUCACCACCGGCGACGUGAUCGGUUGCGGUGUAAAUCUCGUUGACAACACCGCCUUCUACACGAAGAAUGGCCAUCACUUGGGCAUCGCCUUCACGGAUCUUCCUCCCAAUCUCUUUCCGACGGUGGGUUUGCAAACUCCAGGCGAAGUGGUCGACGCAAAUUUCGGACAGUUGCCAUUUGUCUUCGACAUCGGGGACAUGAUCAACGAACUGCGUGUACGAACGAGGUUACAGAUCAUAAACUAUCCCAUGCCAGACCACGGCCAGGGACAGUGGCAGGCGAUUCUUCACAGAAUGGUGUGUACGUAUCUCGUCCAUCAUGGGUAUCUCGACAGCGCCGAGGCAUUCGCCAGCAGCACGGGUCAGGUGUUUGAGGAGGAUUACAACUCCAUCAAAAAUCGGCAGAGGGUUAUAAAGCUGAUACUGUCUGGUCGCAUUGGCGAAGCGAUAGAUACGACUAAUCGGUUAUAUCCCGGUCUACUCGAUCGGGAUCCGGACCUCCUGUUCGCGCUCAAGUGCCGUCAAUUCGUGGAAAUGGUGAACGGCAGCGACUCGGAGGUCUGUCAGAACGGCAACCCCAACCAGACUAGUGUGAUACAAUCGACCAAAGCGUACGUGAAGUCUGCAAAUUCAUCUGGUACCGUGGAAGAGAUGAAUAUCAAUAAUACAAUAAACGGCACCAGCCCACAGUUCGUUAACGGUCAGAUAGAAGAUGAUGUAGACAUGGAGGAAAGCAGUGUCACCAAUGUGAAUGGUAUCAAGAAUAGUAAUGGGUAUCAGAAUGGUAAUCUGGAUUCGAAUGGGUACAAGUGUCAAAAUGGGGAGGAUGUAGAUAUGGAAAUCGACAACAGUGCCAAUCAAACUCAACAACAGCAGACCAGUAAUAUCCCGGAUACCACUGCAACAUGUAAAAGUAAGAAGCAAUUGUGUGGUGGUAACAAACAGGCAAUUGAGAAAAUGCUGGAAUUUGGCAAACAAUUGUACUCACAAUCGGUGCAUUUGAGACAACAGUACGGAAAGAAUGACAGCAAUAAAAAGAUGUUGCAGGACGCUUUCAGUCUGCUGGCAUACUCUAAUCCGUGGAAUUCACCAGUUGGCUGGCAACUGAAUCCUCAGGAAAGGGAAACAGUUUGCGCCAGGUUAAAUUCUGCUAUUCUAGAGUCUAGUAAUUUGUCUCGUCAGCCACCGUUGGAAGUCGCAGCAUCUCAUGCCAGAGAACUUGUACGUUUGAUGUCGACUAAUGGCCUAGGGGCCUGCGGAUUUGCAGUAGUAGAUAAUAUUAUCCAAUAUUGACGGUGCCUAUCUCUGCUACCACGUCCGCCUCUUUUACCAGUGCGAGUAUGGAUGCAGAGGCGGAACGUGGAGCAGAUUGUUCUGUUAACGCAACAACAUCGCGAUGUCGCGUGCCUCUUCAGCUAGAGCAGCCGGAUUCAUCGGUGCCUUGGCUCGAUCUCACACCACAGACACGAACAUACAAGGUGAACGCUCAGACCUGCCAGCCAAAAUGACACCUCAUGAAUUUUUAGCUUAAAUCGGAUGGACGGUCACUUUGGAUAACUACUACGCCGACCAAGAACGAGAAGCGGCAGUUCACGAUGCUGAUCCCCCGUUCCCGGGGUCGGAUCGCAGACGUAUCGCGGCCGACCAUAUUACAUUUUUUGACAUUGUUAUAACUAUUUAUAUGAUUUUCUGUAUCUCUUUAUUUUUUCUCCCCUUUUUACUUUCUUUUGUUUUUUUUAUCAGACACCAACAUUUUGUUUGCAAUCCACUUUACCGUGACUAGCGCUGUGAAAUGUAUGCGCGAUAAUGCCUCGUAGUUAUUCCAACUGCGAGAAUUCGCGCAUAAUUAAUUAGCAGCGGCAAGCAUUGUGCAAUAUCACGGUUCCACAAGAGAACACGAGAAUACGUUAUUGAUGAUGGAACGUACAGUUGAGGUCAUCUCGUAUAGACUUCUCUAUGAAGCUGUCGUUCGUAUCAUCAUCAGUCAAGAUUCUCGCAUUAACUCGCGUAUCGUGCGGCGCACUGUAGGGUAACCUGUAAUCAAAUUUAUUUGCAUUUAAGCGAGUUGUGUCAAAGAUAGUAUUCAAUACUGAAAAAACGAUCAAACGUCCAACCCGAUUAGAUGUAGCUAAAUUUCGCUGAUGGUUAUGGAGGGGAGGAGUAAUAGACGUAUUGUUAUAUAUCGAGCUUUGUUUGUUUAAAAAAAGAAAAAUUCAUCGCACGAACUGUCGAACUAAUCUUCCGCACUUGUUAAUGAUUCUACUUAAUUUUCAUUUAAAGCAUUCUAACGAUAGAAGAUAUUUUCUUCACUUGAUAUUAUUUUGACAAAUCGGCACGAAGAUGUAUCUUGAUUUUCAGAAUUAUUCUGGGAGCGGCGGAAGCAUGUUCAUUUUAGAGAUGGAUGACGUCUUACGUUUAUAUAAAUAGUUGCGAAAAACAAAAAAAUCUGUAAACUUAACUAAGGAACGAUCUUGUACUCUAUACUAAGUAAUUGUUUUUUAUAUGCGACAUAGUAUAUUAUUAUAUUAUAUAUUAUUAAAGAAGAAAAAAAAGAAUCACAAAUAAGAAAAUCGUAUGCAGCUAGGCGUAAGCGUGCGUUUAAAUACAAUAAUUUACUAUAUAUACAAAAAAAAUCAUAUUAAAAUAGAAUUACUCGAAUUUAAUGAUUUUUAGUGUUAUUGUUUUAUGUACUAUAGAUAGAGCUAUAAAGAAAUAUGUGCGAAUAUAGCAGUGAUUUGGCCAA